GGAGAACCACCUCUAGAACAAGGCUGGAUCCCCUAUUUUGGCAAAGCAUUUGAGUUCCAUCGUGACUCUUUAGGAUUUCUUCUCUCUCGUCAACAAAAAUGGGGUGACGUCUUCACAGUCUACAUCGCCGGCAAGUACAUGACCUUUAUUUUAAAUCCAUUCCUUUAUCAGUUUGUGGUUCAGUGCAACAAGCAAUUAGACUUCCAAGGAUUUUCAUUGGAGAUGUCAGCCAAAGUUUUUGGCCACCCUUAUCUGGAUGAUCCCAAAAUACCAGUGUGCAUUGAAGAAAUUGAGAAGUGCUACUCCUACCUAAUGGGUGAGGAGCUAAAUAUUUUGAAUGGAAGAACUAUGGAGAAUCUUCAGAGUGUAAUGGAGCAAGAGCAGUUGGGGCCAACCGAGUGCAGAACAGAGGGUAUGUACACCUUCUGUUGCCGUAUCAUAAUUGAAGCCACUUAUUUAACUCUAUAUGGAAAGGCACCCAAGGACGAGCAAGAAGAAAUCACUGAAUUAAAAAAGAAAUUUAUUCAAUUUGACACAAUGUUUCCCUACCUGGUUGCGAGGAUCCCCAUUGAACUUCUAGGCAACACCAAAGUGAUUCGCAAAGAACUGACCAGUUAUUUCACAUCGAGAAGAUUGGAUCAACGACUAAAUCUAGCAAAAGUAAUCAAAGAGAGAAAGAACUUUCUUGAGACAUAUUCAUAUCUGCAAGAUCAUCAGAGAGCAGCACAUCAUUUUGCCUUCCUGUGGGCUGCUCUUGGAAAUACAGUUCCAGCUGCAUUCUGGGCCCUGUAUUAUCUGGUGAAAAAUCCAGAAGCCCAUGCAGCUGUACGUGAUGAAAUUCAGCAUGUGUUCCAGGCAGCUGGUCAAAGAGCAAGCCCUGACUUCAACAUCAGCCUCACCAGAGAGCAUUUAGACAGCAUGGUGAUCCUAGGAAGUGCCAUAAAAGAGAGCUUCCGAUUAUGUAGUGCCUCUAUGAACAUCCGAACUGCUCAGGAGGAUUUCACCUUAAAACUUAAAGAAGAACAGAGCGUCAAACUGAGAAAAGGCGAUUGGGUUGUCCUUUAUCCUCAAAUUCUGCACAUGGAUCCAGAGGUUUAUGAAAAUCCUGAGGUGUACAAGUAUAAUCGCUUUGUGGAAAAUGGAUUGGAGAAGACUGCCUUUUACAAGAGAGGAAGGAAACUUCGGUAUUAUUUGAUGCCUUUUGGUUCUGGAUCCAGCAUGUGUCCUGGGAGACACUUUGCAGUCAGUGAGAUCAAAAUGUUUCUCUCAAUAAUGUUAGCUACAUUUGACUUGGAAAUCAUUGAAGGAGAAAAGCCAGUUGGACUUAAUAAUGACCGGGCAGGCCUUGGUAUCCUGUUGCCAAAUUCUGAUGUUCAGUUCCGCUACAAAUGGCAUCAGUGAAGAAAGAUACUACAUUUCCACUUUCAAACUGAGAAAAUGAUAUGUUGGUCAGUCAGGACUGGCUGAAGGAAUGGGGGAAAUGCUUGCUGACCUUGAUUGAAUCAAAUCUGGGAAAUUCUAAACAGCAUUGUCUAUAUUAUUCUCUACCUUUGAUGUAUUGUUUGUGUUCACAGUAUAGAAAAAAUCCUGUUUAAUUCUAAGUGGUGCAUAACUUUCAGAUCUUUUAACCUGAUGCUGAAUGUGAGUUGGAAUAGAUUUGAGUAUCGGCAUCAGUCAAUGUGAAUUUUCAUGUAAUACAAAUAUUCUUAAGGAGCUGAACUGGGUGAAGAUGGCACUGCAGGGCUCACAUGAUUUUCCAUCCAUUCAAAGUUUUUCAGGGACUCCAGCCCUCCGUAAAUAAGUAGGGAAAUUGUAAGGUGCAAUUAAUCCAGGCCAGCCUGUUCAGAUGCAGUGAGCUUGCAAUCUGUGCCUGCCACUUCAGUUUGUGAUUGAAAUGUGAGGCCACUGCUGUUGAAUGUCUGGACAUCUGAACAGGGGGAGUCAGAAAGUUGGUAGAAGCCAGCACAGUUAUGAUGCUUACAGCCAGCCUGCACCUUUUAACCCGAGAGGUGCACUUUGACUGCAGAAGGUGCUGGAAGUAAUUUUAAAAUGCAAGAUUAACCGAAGAAAGAAAUGAUAAUGGUACAGUUCUAUAAAGAGCAAGCUCUAGGUUUGUUUUUGGCAGCAACUGAAGUAUGGAUGCAAGAUGUGGACAGGGGUACCCUCUGGACAUCAACUCAAAAGCAGCGUGAAUGAAUUAAUCUUACGCAAGUGGCUCAGGUAAUCAAAAGUAACUUUAAAAGGCCAUUUCCCACCAAUGAUAUCACUAGCCUUGCACACACUACUUAUAUACCAUAUCGCUAUCAUUCACCAUCCAAACAUCCUACUGAACAACAACCCAAAUCUCUCAUUUAUGAUUUCACAUCACCCUUUCACUCUUGUAUUUAUAACUGUCAAAUUUCACACCUUGGCUAGAAAUGUUGUCUGGUCCAGUCUGCAAGGAACCCAGAUCCAAAGUGGUCACCUUCACUCACAAGACCAUCAUCGAACAGCUGAGAGGCUGCAGGUAUCCCUGCGACAGGGGACUGUUUUCACUGAGCACCCCCACUGUGGGCAAGGGGGUGACCAGACACUCUAUCCUGGAUGUUUGUGGAAUAAUGGAGAUUCAGUGAAGUUUUCAGAAUAAUAGAAACUGCUAAGUUCAAAUAGUCCACAUCCUGGCUACAGCAAGGGCCAUAAUCCACAAGUUGGUAGUUACAGUUUUAUCCAGUAGGUGUAAAGGCUAAAACAGUCUGUAUAAUUGUCAGAUAUAAAUCACAAGCUCUUUAAAAACAAAUGAAAGAUUUUGAGCUGCUGCUGUCAUUGGAUAUUUAAAUAACUGUUCUAGGAGUUAAAAUAUCUGUUUCUUCAUGUUUACCAAAGACCUCUUUAUGAAUCUGAUUUCAACAAGUUACAAUGAUAUCAGCACAGAAUUCAAAAUUUGCAGUUUAUUAAAGGAUUAGCUGUCUUUGAUGUGGGUUUGUGAAUAGAAGUUUGCUUCAUAAGAGACUACACACUUGAUGAUUGUAAAUUGUUUUAUUACUGUAAGGACUGUAUUACAAACUCGGGCCUUUGUUUUAUUUUAUCUCAGCGUGGUUCCUGAGAUGUACUGACGGUGGAUAAGACCAUAAGAAAUAGGAACCUAGAGUAGGCCAUUCGGUCCCUCGAGCCUUCUCCCCUAUUCAAUAGGAUCACGGCUGAUCUGACAUUCGUCACGUCCACUUUCCUGCACUUUCCCUCCAACCCUUGAUUCCCUGACUGAUCAAGAAUCGAUCCACCUCAGCCUUAAAUGUACACAUGGACUCUGUCCCCAUACAUUGAGGUUCAAGUCCAUAGCUCCCUGAAACUGGCCACGCAAGUAAAUAGGGUGAUGAAGAAGGCGUAUGCCAUGCUUGGCU